AUGACCAACUGUAGCAAAAGAAUGGGAGAAGAAAUAAUCACUACUCAUUAAAGAAUACCUCUAUAAUAGAAAGCCUAAACCUUUUUAGAAUUUUAUGAAAUUUUAACAUUUGAACAACAUCUAUAGAUGCUGCGGAAGAUUCAUUUAUCUUCUUUAUUCCAAAUACUUUAUUCACAGAAAUUUUUUAUGCUGAUGAUCAAAAGAAAUAUUUAGAUUUACUCUAAAGAAAUUAAAUCCAAAUAACUUUGGACUGUUAAUUAAAUAGUAAGGAAUUGA